UCUUGUUAUGAAAGCUGCAGAGUGAAUUGUUGGAUAACUGCUGUUUGCCUAGCCUUUUACAACACCAUGUGGAGAGCUUGGGGACUUCCGCCGGUAUAAACUUUACCAAAAUACAUUUAUAGUUUAAAUAAAGCAAUUUCUAUUUGACAAAAACCGACAGCAUGGCUAAGCGGAGAGGGGGUGCAGCAGAGAAAGAGGCCGGUACAAAGAAACUGAAGCAGGUUCUGAAGAAGAGCAGCGGAGCCAAAGCGAGAGGGAAGAAGAAAGAUCCAGAUAAUGGCAUCACAGAGGAAAAGGAUGAGCUCAAGACGAAGGUCCAACCCAAACCACGUUCCUCCACAAAACGAGCAGCAGGAAAGAGUUCUUCCAACACAUCCAAAACAGCCACCGCUGACAAAACCAGCAAAUACUUCAAGUCUCCAGUGAAAGAGGAGACUGACAGUGAGGAUGACUGUAAAAUGUUGACUUCAGCAGCACCUCCCAUUACAAUGAACAUCAUGAAAACAGAGGAAGAGGAGGAGGACAGUGAGGAAGAAGAUGACGAUUGGGAGGACGUGGAGGAGCUGUCUGGGCCGCUGGGUCCAGUUGGACCGUCAGAGCCUGUCCUGCCCACUCAGGACGUUGAGAUAGAAAUUGAGACUCCAGAAAUCAGGAAAAAGAAGAAGAGGCAGGCGGAGUUUGAGACGUAUCUGAGGCGGAUGAUGAACAAAUUGAAGAAGGACGUGCUGAUAGAUACACACAAGGUCCACCUGAUGUGCCUGAUAGCUGGCGGGAUGUUCCGCAGCAGUCUUUGCAGUGAACCCGACCUGCUGGCCAUCACUCUGUCACUGCUGCCCACACACUACAGCAUGGUCGCCAAGGAACGCAUCGACCAAAACUACCUCUCUGGACUGCUCAAAUGGUUUAGAGCAACGUUCACCCUCAACCCCAGUCUUCCCUGUGAGGAGCGUCCAGACCCCCGGGCACUGCUGGAAAGACGUCUGGCCAGUCUGUCGGGCAGAAACCACCAGGAGAUGACUCAUAUGUUCCUGUUGGUCCUGAGGUCUCUGCAGCUCUUCUGCCGAUUGGUUAUUUCUUUGCAGCCGAUUCCUCUCAAACCACCAUCAGCCAAGGGUAAAGGGGCUGGAUCAUCUACAUGUACCCCAGGAAAGCACGACACAAGCCAGGAUACAUCCAAGAACUCCUCUCCUGAGUCAAAGGUCUCUCCUGGCACCAAGAGACCAGCUGGAAUCCCCCUUGGGAUUACCAAGGGAGGCAGGGGAGGAAAGAAAGCAAAGACUAUAAAAAUAAAGGAAGAGGAUGAGGAGGAAAAGGAGAAGACUAUAACAUCUGGAGGGCAGAGGCCAAAGAACUCAAAACGCCGCAGCAUCGCCUCAAAAGUCACCUACAAGGAAGAAAGUAACAGCGACGAGGAAAAGGAGAAGGAUGGGCUCAGUGAUGAGGAGGAAUUUCAAGCGACCAGUGAGGAAGACAGUGAGGAGUCAGAGGGAGGGUUUGAAUCCAAAAAGGGGACAAAGGGGAAAGGGAAGAGCAAAAACACUGCAGCUCCAAAAAGAAGGAGUAGUGGAGGGGGGAAGAAGGAGAAGGGAAAUGAGCGGGAGGAAGAUGAGGUAAAAGAAGAGGGAAUUACGAGCAGCAGCAUAAAGCAAAGAAGAGGGAAGAAGACAAAAGGGCCUGGAGCAGACGAGUGGUUGGAGGUGUUUCUGGAGAAAACGUCAUCCUGGGUUUGUGUACACAUAGAGCACGGUGUCGAGAUGCCUCACCUCUGCUCACAGACCGCAACAACGCCGAUGACGUACGUGGUGGCGGUGGACGGGCACGGCUUUGUGAAGGACCUGGGGAGGAAGUACGACCCCACCUGGUUAACGACGUCCAGGAAGAGGCGGGUGGAUGAAGAUUGGUGGGAGGAAACACUAGGGCCUUUCCUGGGACCCGAAGAUGAAAGGGACAAAAAGGAAGAAAAGGAGCUCCAGAGCAGGCUGCUGAAAAAACCUCUGCCAGUCUCAAUAGCCGAGUAUAAGAACCACCCGCUAUACGCCCUAACGAGACACCUGCUGAAAUACGACGCCAUCCACCCUGCAACUGCCGCUGUACUGGGAUACUGCAGGGGAGAGCCGGUCUACUCCAGGGAUUGUGUGCACUCCCUCCAUUCCAAAGACACUUGGCUAAAAGAAGCACGGACUGUCAGGAUAGGAGAGGAGCCAUAUAAGAUGGUGAAAGGCUUCUCUAAUAGAUCCCGUAAAGCCAGGAUGGCGUCCGGGCAGACAGAAGAGAAGGACCUGGCUCUGUUUGGAGAAUGGCAGACUGAAGACUACCAGCCGCCUUUAGCUGUGGAUGGGAAGGUUCCCCGUAAUGAGUACGGUAAUGUCUACCUGUUCAAGCCCUGUAUGUUGCCAGUGGGCUGUGUGCACCUCAGGCUGCCCAACCUGAACCGCGUGGCCAGGAAGCUGCAAAUGGACGCCGCCCCUGCCGUCACGGGUUUUGAUUUCCAUGGAGGAUACUCACACGCUGUCACUGAUGGUUACGUUGUGUGUGAGGAGCAUGAGGAGAUUCUCAGAGCAGCCUGGGUGGAAGAACAGGAGAUUCAGAAACAGAAGGACAGAGAGAAAAAAGAAAAGAGGGUGAUCUCCAACUGGACUCUGCUGGUGAAGGGGCUCCAGAUCAAAGAAAAACUCAAACAGCGCUACGGAAAGUUGAACCAGGGUCUUCUUCAAGGGGAGGAGGCCGCUGGGCUUUCUUCAGAUGAGGAGGGGGAUGAGGGUGAAAGUCCUUCAGAUAAGACAGCGGCUGAGACUCUGGCCAUGUCCUGGCCUCAGAACAAACAAGCAGAAGAGGAAGGGGGGAGCAUGAGCGGACUGAAGAGGAAAGCAAAGACAAAACGAGAAAAGAAAGGACAAGAGAAACAUAUGUUCCCAUUUGAGAAAGUGUGAUGUCUGAGGUAAAAAAAAACUGCACUUGAGUUUACCAAAUCAAGGUUGAUUACAUUUCCUUCAGGAAAAACAGCUUGUUUUGUUUACUCUGGAAAAGGCUCUUCCAUUGGUGAUAAUACGGUCAUUAAUCCCCAUUCUGUCUUUACCACCAUGUGCAUUAUUCCAUAUGAACUCAUAUUUUUAUAUUUUUGUAUGGGGUAAGAGGCAAGGUGAAUAUCAAAUCCAACAAGUUCAGACCUGUGCUCUGUGCAUAAAGGUGCUCUGAGGUUGCAUUGGAAAGCACUAAGUCAACAUGAAUAUGGGAAGAGGGAAUUGUUCUUACAAUGUGGUACUCACAGCGCCCUUGUGAGAAUGAAAGGGGUGUGUUCCAAAACUCGAUCAGUACAAUGCUACGGUUGAACCUGGUUGGCACUGUUUUUCUCCUCAGUUUAGCACAUUUAACGAUAUAUGCAGCUUAUGCAGAAUUUAAUUGAUUGCUUGUGGUGCAAGUUAACACAAAACCACAUCUAAAAACAACACUACUGAGUCAAUACAGGUUAUUGGUGCCUCAGCUACCUUCUACAGUUUCAUUUCAUCUGAUUCCAGGAAUUCGAUGACAAACUUGACCACAGUUUUUGUUCCUCACUGGACUGUACUCUGAGUAGGCUGAUACAAUUUAGUAUUAUAUUUUCCUGAAGUUGCAAUACCAGCCAUGUUUUGGUUGCAUUGCUUCUGUGCACACAUCAACCAUGUAACAUUUUCUCUUGAGAUUUAAACAUGAACAUUUUGUGUAACGAUUUCUUAGCUCAAACACUGUCUGUCUUGAUUUCUCUCCAAGCUUUCUGUACUUCCUCUUUUUCACUCUUUACUUGUUCGGCUGCUACAUCCAAAGUGAUUCAGUGUUUCUGCUGUAUCCUGAACCAGCCUCUUAGUCAUCUCUUUCACACUUUUUUCCUCUAUACUAUUUUGUCCUCAGCAGACGAUGGCUGUAUAUUAAUAGUGAAAAGUUUUUUGUAAUUUUUCUAAGAAAUGUUAAAAUCACCAGUAAAAAGUGGAAGAAACAACAGAAUUGUAUUCCAUGUUUGCUUCCUUUUUUAAAGUGUAUUUGUCUAAGUCUAGGGGCAGAUGGUGGUAUUAUAAUGUCUAAACUGUAAAGUAUUCACAUACAUUCAUGUAAUAUUAAACAGUUAAAUUUGAUAGAAAAGUACAAGUGACCAGAGACCCUUAGAUUUAGCUGCAUGUUAUAUAUACUAUAUAUCGAUCUUAAAAUAUUACAAAGACAGAAUACAAGGGGAUUACAUUCAUGUGUCAUUUCAUGAAGUUAAAUGUAACAUUUAUUUUGCAACUGUCAUUGCAAGAUGACAGUACCAGUAUGUGUAAAGCAUAGGGAAUUCCAACACACCUAAUGCUGUUUCCUAGUACUGUGUUUAUUGUAUUGUAUCAUAUAGCUAACCCUAACCCUAACCCACUUACUGUACACUGGAAAAAUAAAAAGUACAUACAUUC